CUGGAAACAGAAGCGAGUUUGUUGUGACCCGGUGGGCAAGAGGACGUUUGGAAGCAGUGGCCAGGGCGGCAGCACAAACAGGCUGGGGCCCGAGGCGGUGCCAACAGCCGGAGACCCCAGCGCUCAGCUAUUCCAGGGAGCAGGGUCUCCAGCUGCUGAGCAGCUCCAGGACAUCCUGGGGGAGGAAGAUGAGGCUCCCAACCCCACCCUCUUCACAGAGAUGGACACCCUGCAGCACGACGGAGACCAGAUGGAGUGGAAGGAGUCAGCCAGGUGGAUAAAGUUUGAAGAAAAGGUAGAGGAAGGAGGCGAACGCUGGAGCAAGCCCCACGUGUCCACACUGUCGCUGCACAGUCUCUUCGAGCUGCGGACCUGCUUGCAGACGGGGACGGUGCUGCUGGAUUUGGACAGUGGCUCCUUACCACAGAUCAUAGAUGACGUCAUUGAGAAGCAAAUUGAGGACGGCCUCCUGCGACCCGAGCUCCGGGAGAGGGUCAGCUAUGUCCUCCUGAGGAAACACCGUCACCAAACCAAGAAGCCCAUCCACCGCUCCUUGGUUGACAUUGGAAAGUCUGUCUCCUCCACCACCAAUCGCAGCCCGGCCCGGAGCCCAGCGGCUGGUCCGAGCCUCCACCACUCCACCGAGGACCUGAGGAUGCGGCAAAGCGCCAGUUACGGCCGGCUGUGUCAUGCCCAGAGCAGAAGCAUGAAUGAUAUUUCUCGCACCCCAAACACAGACCAGCGGAAAAACAAAUUCAUGAAGAAGAUCCCCAAGGACUCAGAAGCCUCUAACGUGCUCGUGGGCGAGGUGGACUUCCUGGACCAGCCGUUCAUCGCCUUCGUGCGUCUCAUCCAGUCAGCCAUGCUGGGAGGAGUGACUGAGGUGCCUGUCCCCACCAGAUUUCUGUUCAUACUGCUUGGACCUUCUGGGAGAGCAAAAUCCUACAAUGAAAUUGGCCGUGCCAUAGCAACCCUCAUGGUAGACGAUCUCUUCAGUGACGUGGCCUAUAAAGCCCGGAAUCGGGAAGACCUGAUAGCAGGGAUUGAUGAGUUUCUGGAUGAGGUCAUCGUCCUUCCUCCUGGAGAAUGGGACCCAAAUAUCCGAAUUGAGCCCCCCAAGAAGGUGCCUUCUGCUGAUAAGAGGAAAUCCGUGUUCUCGCUGAUGGAGCUAGGCCAGAUGAACGGCUCUGCAGGGGGAGGCGGCGGGGCGGCUGCAGGAGGCAGCGGCGGAGGCUCUGGCAGUGGCGGCGGGGCCGGCGGAGGGAGCAGCGGGGAUGACGGAGAGAUGCCAGCCAUGCACGAAAUCGGGGAAGAGCUUAUCUGGACGGGAAGGUUCUUCGGUGGCCUGUGUCUGGAUAUCAAGAGGAAGCUGCCCUGGUUCCCAAGUGACUUCUACGACGGCUUCCACAUCCAGUCCAUCUCUGCCAUCCUAUUCAUCUACCUCGGCUGCAUCACCAACGCAAUCACCUUUGGUGGGCUUCUGGGGGAUGCCACUGACAAUUAUCAGGGAGUAAUGGAGAGCUUCCUGGGCACUGCCAUGGCCGGCUCCUUGUUCUGCCUUUUCUCGGGACAGCCUCUCAUCAUCCUCAGCAGCACAGGGCCCAUCCUCAUCUUUGAGAAGCUCCUCUUCGACUUCAGCAAAAGCAAUGGUCUGGACUACAUGGAGUUCCGCCUCUGGAUUGGCCUCCACUCGGCCAUCCAGUGCCUUAUCCUGGUGGCCACAGAUGCCAGCUUUAUCAUCAAGUAUAUCACCCGCUUCACAGAAGAGGGCUUCUCCACCCUUAUCAGCUUCAUCUUCAUCUAUGAUGCCAUCAAGAAGAUGAUUGGUGCCUUCAAGUACUACCCCAUCAAUAUGGACUUUAAGCCUGACUCCAUCACCACGUACAGAUGCGAGUGUGUCGCCCCCGACACAGCAAAUACAACCAUGUUCAAUGCUUCAGCCCUGCUGCCACCGAACACCAACACUUCUCUGUACAACCCCCUUAACCUCACAGCACUGGACUGGUCUCUGCUGAGCAAGAAGGAAUGUCUGAACUACGGUGGACAGCUGCUCGGGAAUUCCUGCCAGUUCAUCCCUGACCUGGCACUCAUGUCCUUCAUCCUUUUCUUUGGGACGUACUCCAUGACCCUGACCCUGAAGAAGUUCAAAUUCAGCCGCUAUUUCCCGACCAAGGUCCGGGCCCUGGUAGCCGACUUUUCCAUUAUUUUCUCCAUCCUGCUGUUCUGUGGAAUCGAUGCCUGCUUCGGCCUGGCGACCCCCAAGCUGCAUGUGCCCAGUGUCAUCAAGCCCACACGGCCUGACCGAGGCUGGUUCGUGGCCCCCUUUGGGAAGAACCCAUGGUGGGUGUACCUGGCGAGCAUCCUGCCCGCCCUGCUGGUGACCAUCCUGAUCUUCAUGGACCAGCAGAUCACCGCCGUCAUAGUCAACCGGAAGGAGAACAAGCUGAGGAAGGCUGCUGGCUACCAUCUGGACCUGUUCUGGGUGGGCAUCCUCAUGGCCCUGUGCUCCUUCAUGGGGCUCCCCUGGUAUGUGGCGGCCACUGUCAUCUCCAUCGCCCACAUCGACAGCCUCAAGAUGGAGACGGAGACCAGCGCCCCUGGGGAGCAGCCCCAGUUCCUGGGGGUCAGGGAACAAAGAGUGACCGGCACCAUUGUCUUCAUCCUGACGGGCAUCUCCGUCUUCCUGGCUCCUGUCCUGAAGUACAUCCCCAUGCCCGUGCUGUAUGGAGUCUUCCUCUACAUGGGCGUGGCCUCCCUGAAUGGCAUCCAGUUCUGGGAACGCUGCAAGCUCUUCCUCAUGCCGGCCAAGCACCAGCCGGACCACGCCUUCCUGCGGCACGUGCCCUUGCGCCGGAUCCACCUCUUCACACUGGUGCAGAUACUCUGCCUGGCGGUGCUCUGGAUCCUCAAGUCCACGAUGGCUGCCAUCAUCUUCCCGGUCAUGAUCCUAGGCCUCAUCAUCGUUCGAAGGCUUCUGGACCUCAUCUUCUCCCAGCAUGAUCUGGCCUGGAUUGACAACAUCCUUCCAGAGAAGGAGAAGAAGGAGACAGAUAAGAAGAAGAGAAGGAAAGGGGCCCAUGAGGACAGUGAUGAGGAGCCCCAGUUCCCUCCUCCCUCAGUUAUAAAGAUUCCCAUGGAAAGUGUCCAAUCCGAUCCCCAAAAUGGUAUCCACUGCAUUGCCAGAAAAAGAUCUUCCAGUUGGAGUUACUCAUUCUGAUUCUUCCUUCAGUGACUCAGAACUUGACCGGAGCAUCACAUUGCACUUCAAAAUUUCCUGUCCAGCUUCGCCUGCUUUCAACUAUUCACAGAGCCCAGUGUUCAUGGUGCCACAGGUGAAGAUAGAAAUGGAGUCAGACUGUGACUUCACAGAUGUGGACAGAUACGGAAGAGAAACUGACGGAGAGACAACCCUCUAGGACGCAGCUGCGCCCAGACAGGGUUUCAUCUUCACUGUGGGAGGACAUGGUUGCAUCUUCACUGUGAGGUCUGGGCCAGACCCCUAACUUCUCUGAGCCAGUUUCCUUAUUUGCCAAACAGAUGGAGUCAUUCCACUUGAUAGAAAACUGAUGUGUGGAUGAAAAGUACUACUUACAUGCAAAGCUGUCUCCUUCUUUCUGCAGUUAUGCAAACCAACAGAAACAUGAUACCUUAUUUUAAAAUGCAGUCCAGGAUAGAAAUUAUAAUGUUUCUUGAAAUGAAAACAAUGCUUGCCUCCCAAAAUAUAGCUAAGAUAAAGGGGGCAAUAGUAAAUUUUUAUUGAAACGAAUAUCCGUUAGAUUUUUUUUUUUAAGCUUAGAUUUUAAAAUAUCUAGAUGGUCUUGAAAAAAACCAUUAAAAUACUCAUACUUCAGUAGACCACAGCUGGAAAAUUUGUUUUGCAACUUGACAUAGUAAGAAAUGUGUACAAGGCCCUAUCUUCUCCCAUCUCGUGCAACUUUCUGAGGCUCCUAUGGCAGGUCUGUGCCAUCUGCAUGUGCUGUGCACCCUGGGCCAGCACA